AUGGGGCUGUAUACGGCUCAUGUCACACUGUCACAUACACGCGUCCCAGAGCAGAGGGUGAUGAAGGUGAACCUUUCGGAGGGCGACAGAGUGGUGUUUGAAGACGACAGCUCCGUCUUGGCCAACGAGAGCAUCCUGAUGAGGGGCCUGGUCGUACGCAGCCGUGGGAACCAGCUGUCGGUGCGAUUCCACAGCGCAGGGCUCCGGUCAGGGACACUGCUGCUGCGAUACCAAGGUAUACCGCCUCCUUCACAUGGGACGGGGGGGUUAAAGCUGGGGCACUGA